AAGAAAUUUUCCUCAGUACACACUUGCUUCACGUACAGCAUACAAGGUUUUAUUGUAACAGAAAAUGGCUUUAGUAGGACUACUUUGUCUCUGCCUUCUGGCAUCCUUGGUUGGCAGCUAUCCUUUGACGGACGAGAGUUCAAUCUUUGAAGGCCCCAUAUUCACACCAGUCAGUAUUGGGAUACCAACAGCAGAAGAAGUCAGUAUUGGGAUACCAACUGCAGAAGAAGUCAGUAUUGGGAUACCAACUGCAGAAGAAGUCAGUAUUGGGAUACCAACAGCAGAAGAAGUCAGUAUUGGAAUACCAACAGCAGAAGAUAUGAAGGAGCAUGAGGCAGACACAAAUAUAGGCGCAAUUGCUCCUCGUUCUUUAAAAUCGCUUUUUGGACUUGGCAUUGGUGGAAAUAUAUUGGGAAUCAAUGCAGGUGCAGGCAUCAGUCAUGGCCGAGGAGGCUGGGGAGAAGUGGGCAUGCAUUCUGGACAUCCAGGAUAUGUUCCCUAUUACGAGGAACCAAAUCAGUACUACUACUAGUUCUGCCGUCAUUACGAUAAUCAACAUAUUUCUUGUUAUAAUGAAAUGAUUAGGGUUGAGUAAAGUACCGCUAUUCACAAAUAAUAUGAAAUAAAAAUAAAUCCACU